AUGGAGACGCCUGCUGUGGAGACGCCUGUUAUGGAGACGCCUGCUAAGGAGACUCCUGCUAUGGAGACGCCUGCUAUGGAAACAGCCACUAUGGAGACGCCUGCUAUGGAGACGCCUGCGAUGGAGACGCCUGCGAUGGAGACGCCUGCGAUGGAGACGCCUGCUAUGGAGACGCCUGCUAUGGAGACGCCUGCUAAGGAGACGCCUGCUAUGGAGACGCCUACUAUGGAAACAGCCACUAUGGAGACGGCUCCUGCUAUGGAGACGCCUGCUAUGGAAACAGCCACUAUGGAGACGGCUCCUGCUAUGGAGACGCCUGCUAUGACACCUGCUAUGGAGACACCUGCUAUGGAAACAGCCACCAUGGAGACGGCUCCUGCUAUGGAGACGCCUGCUAUGGAAACGGCUCCUGCUAUGGAGACGACUGCUAUGGAGACGACUACUGAUACAGCAUGUUCAAUGAAUGGCGAAGGUCCGUCCUACUGGUGGCGCACCAGUGGGUCUGAUCUCUCUAGAAUGCUUCAUGAGGCCAAUUACCCGGAAGAAGCACAGCGCCAAUUCCUUGACUACUAUCGAGACACUCUCUGUCCACUGCUAGGAAACAAACCUGAAAGCAACUCCCUUCCCGCCGCGGUGGGCUGGGACGGCAAUCCUUUUGAGUACAGCUUUGAGUUUAAGGGUUCAACCAAAACCCCAGGUGUUCGCUUCGUUCUCGAUCUUAGCGAGCUCCGUCCACCAAACAAGGACCACCCUCUGAGUAUAGCAAAUUCAGAAAAGGUGUUAGAAACGCUUGCCAAGCAAAGUCCAAUGUUUGACGACAAAUGGCAUCGUGCUCUCGCCCGGUGGUUCGUCUAUUCCAACGUCUCCCCAAGUAAACAGCAAGCCCUUGUCGCUCAGGUAGGGUAUCAGACGCCCACAAUAUUGGGAUUUGACAUCAAUGCUCGUAUCUUGGAGUUGGCGCCUGGAAUGCUCCCUGUCAUGGCCAAGAGCUACUUUCCCCCCUGCUUCGUGGCGGCAGACAAGGGCUUCGGCCGCUUCCAAGCGCUCAGCUUGGGUAUUCGGCAAAUGCCGGACAUUGGCUACUAUCCGAAUAUCUUGCUGGCCCUCAAGACGAUUGAGGACUACGUCGAGGACCAUCCUCAGUACGAGAACUGCGGGCGGGGCAUGGCAACUGAUUUCGUCAAGGCAGGAAAGGCGCGCCUGAAGGUGUACAUGCGCUAUUGGGGGAACUCGUUCGACGAGAUGUGGGAUUAUUACACGCUGGGUGGACGGAUCCCUGAUCUGGAAGACGACAAGGAGAAGCUUCGAGACUUGAUUUACCUCGCAAGUGGCUGUGACUACCCAGCCGACAAGAUAAAGGAAGAGACUCCAGCUGAGCAGCGGCGACGCGCGCUCUUCGGACAAAAACCAACGUCCAUGUAUUUCUCGCUCUCACCGGAUAGGCCAUACCCGGUCCCAAAGCUCUACUUCUAUCCUGCUUUCAGAGCACCCAACGACCAAGCGAUCGCUCAGGGACUGGACGCCUGGUUGACGAAGUAUGGGUGGCAUGACGGAGGAAGGUCGCUCGAGGAGCGACUGGAGAAUGUCUUCACGUACCGGAAGCUGGACGAAAAGCCGGGCAUCUUCACCUUCAUUGGCAUCGGGAGGAAGGAAGAUUCCAAGCAGGAUGGUCUAAGUCUGCAGGUCUACGUCACUCCUGAACUAUACGAGACACCGCGCUUUUAG